AUGGCAUCAACACAGGCAUCUGCGCGCCCGCAAAGCCUCUCGACGUUGCUUGAAACCCUGACCACAUGUCUUUCGACAACGGUUUCUUCUUUACCCAAGGCCCAGAACGAUGCCUCCACUGCGACGAUCGAGCCUCCUCAAGAUGGUAUCUCUCUUCUCGACACUAAGAGCGAAAUCCUGCUUUCCUACUUGCAAAAUCUGGUGUUCCUGAUUAUUUUCCAACUACGAAACGUGAAGGAGAAGAGCGCGCCCGUGAACAGCUCCCUCGAAGACGACAUUCGCAAGAAAUUGAUUGAGCUCCGAGUCUACCUGGAGCGAGGUGUUCGGCCUCUAGAAGGACGCCUGAAGUACCAGGUGGACAAGGUUAUCAAGGCCGCGGAGGAAGCGGAGCGCGCGGAGAAGAUUCAGCCAUCCAAGGCUAAGGCCAGUCGCAAGGCCGCCAGGGACAGCGACGCUUCAUCUGACGAGGAAGGCUCAAGCGAAAGCGAGGGUGAUGAGGAUAUCGAUGAAAUGGCCUACCGACCCAACGUCUCCGCUUUCUCCAAGGGCCCCGCCGAGAAGAAGCAGGCCCAACCCUCCAAGAGCGCCGAGGAAGGUCCCAGCGACGGUAUUUACCGGCCCCCACGGAUCAUGCCCACCGCUCUGCCUACCACCGAGCGCCGCGAGCGCCAAGACCGCAGACCCGUUCGAUCCAAUGUCAUUGACGACUUCGUCAACGCCGAAAUGUCAUCUGCGCCUAUGGCCGAGCCUAGCGUUGGUAGCACGAUCAUCGAUGGUGGCCGGACAACCAAAUCCAAGAAGGAUCGGGAGCAUGAGCAGGAGCGCACCACCUACGAAGAAACCAACUUCGUCCGCUUGCCCAAGGAGACUAAGAAGGAAUUGGCCAAGCGAGGUGGAAGGAAGGACACCACAUAUGGUGGUGACGAGUGGAAGGAUCUCAAUGCGGGUGCUGAUCACAUCGAGCGCCUCACCCGGAAAACAAAGGGCAAUGGUGCAGCACUGGAAAAGAGCCGGAAGAGAACCCGCAACGAGGACGGGCAGCGCAGCGAUGGUGUGGGUAUGGGACAGAUCUUCGACAAGCGGAGAAAGAAGGUUGAUAGCUGGAAGCGGUAG